AUGUCUUGCUACGAUUUGUGCCCCACCAGGAGCAACAUUGCCUGCCCCCAGCCCAUCGCUAACAGUUGCAAUGAGCCCUGUGUCCGCCAGUGCCCUGACUCCACUGCUGUGAUACAGCCACCCCCUGUUGUCGUCACCUUCCCUGGCCCCAUCCUCAGCUCCUUCCCCCAGCAAGCAGUGGUGGGAUCCUCCGGAGUACCCACCUUUGGGGGCUCCUCAGGGCCAGGGGCCCUUUACAGUGCUGGAAGCCUUUACGCGGGCUCUCUUGGAUAUGGAGCUCAGUAUGGAUAUGGAAGUUCUGCCCUCUCCACACUCAGCAGUGGGUUCUGCAGCCCUUUCUCCUCCCGCCGGUACAGCAGCUUCCCCCGCAACAGCUGUGGGCCCUGCUAA